AUGCACGAAACUCUUUUCUCGACAGUUGAUGGUGACGCCUUUUACCAGUACUUCUGGGACUGGGAACCAUCCCAGUCGGAUCGGGUUGCAACACUGGCGGUCGACGCUAUCAAUAUCCCAAGUCUUCAGCCAUCCGCAAGCCUGCAUAGCGCGGAAGGCGAGGGAAAGUGGGAGUUCUCCACUCGCACGUUACAAACUUGGGCGCGGCUACUCUGCCAACUAAUUGGCGAACUGGACGAGGCGCUUGACGAAGUUGAAAGUAGCGAAGAGUCGCCAGGGACCAGCACGGGUUGGGAGGAUUCCACCAUCAAGGUCAAUGAAUAUUGCAUGGCGCUGCAUACCUUGCUCCGAGAGGGAGUACUUGAAACACUCCUUCUCAGGACGUCACUCGGGUCGUUCCUCGAAGAGAAACUUAGGAACUGCUGUUCUGCGGUCUCCCUUCCACAGCACUUUAUCGAGGACGUUACGAUCGAUGUUCAAUGGCAAGGAAACGAAGCGCGGGCCAACCAGGUCCUUCGCUUUUUGGAAGGCCUGUUAUCUUGGCACGAUGCGGUCCACAACCUCCAGAAGAACGUCGGAGAGAUUAUGUCUCUUCCUGCAGACAAGGUCAACGUUGCCAUCGUCAAGCAAUCGGCGGUAGCACACGAUUUACUGCCAUUGUCUCAAAUAUGUGACUUUAUAACUGGAAGGCGCAGCGAUGCCCAAGAUUCCGAGCUAUUCCCAUCAUCCGAGGAUGCACAAGGUCUCCUUCGUUCGUUGUGCGACUACGACGAAGGAAAGAAAUUCGCUGGCAGUGUACAUCCCGAAGCGACAUUACUCGGUCUCGUUACCCACUGGAACACCCCCCAUCCAGUUAACUACGAUGCUGAGAUCAACGACGUUGAGGAAUUGGCCAUGAUGUUGCAGAAGCGAGAUCGAUUUAUCGCUGUCGGGUCUAGCAACCAGUGUUGCUUCUGUUGUCACAUCGUUGGGAGACACAAGGAGGAGGAUGUCAUCGACGCAUACCCUGGUACAAAUGGUGUCAUUCAUCCAUGGACACCUCCUCGCGUUGGCGUAAAGCUUUCCAUUCUGAAGGACGUGGAGGCCUUCCUCUGGGAUCAACUGGAGUCGGUCAUCAAGGCCCACUGGGAUCCCCCACUGUCAUCCAUAAUGCGGUAUCGGUGCGAAAGCCAUUCGCCCACUUCGCAACGCGACCCCACUGCACCCCUUCUAUUGGGAUUCCAUGAUCUCCCUCCAUCGCCUCCGAGUUCGACGUACUAUCGCAGCACGAUAUCGCCCGACGUCGCGAGGAGACUCCAAGAAAAUCGAUCGCAGGACCGCAUCAUCCGCGAAAUGUUCCACUCGCCGACCAGUCCAUCGCUUCGCGAUCUGGACUGCAUCUCCGAAUGCGACUCGAGUCCUUCCACCAACGAAUCCGAAUCGAUUCCUGACAUGGAGUGGAGGAGCUUGCUACGGCGUGGGAGUCGGUCUUCAGGAAAAAGAGUUGUCAGAUUGCCCAGUCUCCCAAGUCCGCGGCAGCGCUCGCACAAGGCUCUUGAGCCUGAUGAUUCCGACGCAGGGUCAGAUGGAGGAUGCCCGUGUUCUCAUCCAUUCUCGAGUGAUUUCCUGCAGCCCAGUUUGUCGAGGAGGUCGAGUGCAGGGCCCUUCCACUCAAACCAUGAUGCCCGGCGGUCCCAUCGUCGUCUCAGCCAAAGUAGCGCUGCUGGAAGACAACAUCCGUAUAGGUAA